CUGCCAACGCAAGGUAAGGUUGAACCUCGAAGUUGGGCCUGUCAAACCGCUCAUUACCGAACGUGCAGCGUUGCGCAACUAGCUAAACGCAGCAUAACCUUCAUCACCACCGUCCGCCAUGGUCAAGAUCGUUCCCGGCAGCGACGGCACGCCGCUGAACGUGCUCGAGUACGAAGAAUAUGCUAAGGAAUACCUCCCCAAGAACGCAUACGACUACUACGCGUCUGGCGCUGACGAUAUGGUGACGCUCAAGGAGAACCGCGAGGCUUUUAAGCGUCUAGUGCUGCACCCGCGUGUACUCCGUGACGUAUCCAACAUGGACAUCAGCACGACGCUGCUGGGCCACCGCAUCAGCUCUCCAGUCUGCGUGGCGCCCUCGGCCAUGCACCGUAUGGCACACCCGGACGGCGAGAUCGCCAGCACGUCAGCCACAGCCAAGGCAGAUACGUGCUACAUCCUCAGUACCAUCUCCACCACCAGCCUCGAGGACGUCGCCAAGGCCAACAGCCAGGCGAACCCCAACGCUCUGCGCUGGUACCAGCUGUAUGUAUUCAAGGACCGCGAGAUCACGCGCGGCCUCGUAAAGCGCGCCGAGAAGGCUGGCUACAAGGCCAUCGUACUCACCGUAGACACACCCAUGCUUGGUCACCGUGAGCCGGAUGUGCGCAACCGCUUCAGUCUGCCCAAUCACCUCACAAUGGCCAACUUCGCUGAAGUGGGAGGUGAUCACGAGCACGGCGUCAGCAGCCUCAAGGACUCUGGACUCGCCCACUACGUCAGCGAACUCUUCGACCUCACGCUCAACUGGAACGACGUCAAGUGGCUCAAGAGCAUCACUAGUCUACCAGUCGUCGUUAAGGGCGUGCUCAGCCCCGAGGACGCCAAGAUCGCCGUCGAUUUGGGCUGCGAAGGUGUCCUCGUGUCCAACCACGGCGCCCGGCAACUCGACGGUGUGGCCGCGACCAUUGAUGCACUACCGGCCAUCGUCAAGGCCGUGGACGGCCGCGCCGAAGUGUACCUGGAUGGCGGUGUUCGUCGCGGAACAGAUGUGUUCAAGGCUCUGGCACUUGGUGCCCGUGCAGUCUUCCUUGGCCGCCCAGUUCUUUUUGGCUUGGCGCACAGUGGCGAGGCUGGAGUCUCCAAUGUGCUUCGUAUCCUCAACGAUGAAUUGAAACAUGCGAUGUUGUUCUCCGGUACUGCUAAGCUCGCUGACAUUGGCCCUGCUUACGUUCGUCGUGGAGUGCCUCCUCUUCCGUCGUCGCUGUAAGAAGUGUACAUGCCGACACUACUUCCGUUUGUUGAUAUCAAAUUAAUCCUGAACGAACGUAAUAACAACACGCUCAAGUUUGUCACUACG